AGCGACGAAGACGACGGCGCCUGACGUCAUCGCGCACAACGUGUAGCACUGAAGCAUCAUGGCUUUGAAUGGAGAUGACGAGGACUUUGCGUGGGAGCCUCCAACAGAGGCAGAGAUGAAGGUGAUCCAGGCUCGCAGGGAGCGACAAGACAAAAUCAGCAAGCUGAUGGGAGACUACCUGCUCAAAGGAUACAAGAUGCUGGGGGAGUGCUGUGAUGUGUGUGGGACCAUUCUUCUCCAGGACAGACAGCAGAAAAACUACUGUGUUUCAUGUCAGGAGCUGGACUCUGAUAUUGACAAGGACAACCCUGCUCUAAAUGCGCAGGCGGCGUUGUCCCAGGUGAGAGAAAGGCAGCUCGCAGCCCAGUCCCCUGCACCGUCCCAGGCACCUGAACUCAACGGAGGCCCUAGCAGCAGCAGUCAGGCAAGUGUGUCGGUUCCCAGGCCAGAGCACUGUGAGGGUGCUGCCGCAGGAGGAAGAGCCCCCCCACUUCCCCCUCCUGUCCCCUCUCCUUCACCUCCUGCCUCCACCACAACCCUGGCACCAGCUCGUCCACCAGUUUGUCCACAGAGCACUGCCCUCCGACCUGUGUUGCAAGAAGCUGAGGACGCUGUUCUAACCAAACUUCGCUGGGCCACCACCCAGCUACAGAGCUCGGCCUCCCUGGAGGCAAGCAUCCAGCUCUGCAGCCUCAUUGCCAGCUGUGCCAACUCACUGCGCAGCCUCAAAGAGCUCAGCCAGUAACCAUCAUGCACUGGUUGAAACCAUGGCAUAACGCUGUUUCUACUUGCCUCUGUCUUGGAAUACUGACUCUGGUUUGCUGCUUUGCAGCAUCUCCCUCUGACUGAAACCACGCAUAGAGCUGAAUUCAGAAUUGGUCAGAAAAUGCACUUGAAAUGAGAUUAGUGUCAAAAGUUCACAGGUUACUCUUGAGUUAAUGUAUACCACUGACAGAUAUAUCAUGUUACAGGGUUUCUCAAUGUUCAUUUGACUGUUUUGUCAAAUUGUAAGUUAUAAUUUAAUUAUAGAAAACUGAACCUUUGUCAAAACAUAUUAACUGUUGGUAUUAAUUUUAAACCAUCUUGCCAUUAAAAAAAGAUUAAAUUGGGCUUAAUCUAUAUUUUACAGAAAAAUAAUGCUAACAUAAAUCCAUAGCUGGUUGGCUCUGGUUAAUCUGAGAUGACCACAUUUCCCAGAGAUGUGGGACAUGUUUUUUCCUGAUUGGUUGUCCUAUAGUAUCCCAAACAUGGUGUAGGUUUACAAAUCACAAAGUUCAAACAAAAAGAGUCUCUGUGAUGAUAUACAACAUACUAUUAGAAUGUAAGUCAACAGUUAAAAUGUAAAGCGUGUUGGUGUGUCGACAAACACGCCAGUCCUCUACGUGGGCCCUGCUUCUUCGACAUUCAGAUAGAUUUCUGGUGUCUCUGACCCCCCUGGUGGUUUAAAGCUUGUCCUUGUGCGCCGGCAGUUGUUAGGUUUUUAUUGUAAAUAUAUUUGAUGCAUGAUGGUGGUGAUAGUCGGUUUAUUCAGCGAUUGCUCAGAUGACACAGGGCAACAUUCAGGAGUCGGACUCAUUGUUCCUCGUUCAUUAAAAAUAAACAUUCUAGAGCAAAUGAACUGUGCACUGUACAUCAGUAGACAGCACUUCAUAUUAGAAAAAGUGAGCUUCAGUAUUGUUCAAGGCAGUCAAGAGUUUUCUAAUUAUGUACCUGAAUAAAGCUUUGCCUGUUCAGGA